CGAGCAGGCGGGCCGGGGAUGGCGGGCUGGGCGAGGCGAGGCUGCAGGAGGAGCGGCCUGGCGGGGCCGGAGCGGAGAGGCUGCAAUUGGGCUUUGAAGAUGCAGUGCGAUGAUGGUGCUUGACGUGCUGCUGAAUAAGAGGCACGGCUCUCCCGAUGCUUCCCCCUUUUAAAUAUUUCGAAUUUGAUAUGGCCAGGUCAGGCCGAGGAAGAGGGCGUGCUGCCUUGACUUUUGACAUUGCAGCAAUUGGCUUUGUUAAAGGUGAAGCGCUACCUGAAGCAGUAUUUGGGCCUUCUCCGCUAUAUCCUACAACAGAUUACAAACCAAUACCACUGAAAACGGGAGAGGAUGCGGAUUACCUUUUGGCUUUAAAACAAGAGCUCAGAGGGGCAAUGAAAAGGACGCCCUAUUUUAUGACCAAAAAGAAUGAAAGUGAAGGUUUUGUACCUGUUGAAAGAUACAGCAAAAAAUACUUGCAGAUGAAUGAAAAGGACCUAGAAUGGACCCCAGACUGGAGAAGACUCCCAAGAGAGCUGAAACCAAAGAAGAAGAUUGAAAAAGCAGGUGGAAAACCGAAGAAAGCAAAAACUGCAACGCCAAAAACUAAUGUGGAUGUUUUGAAAAAGAUAGAGGAGCUAGAAAAGAAAGGAGACGAAGAAAAGUCAGAUGAGGAGGAAAAAGAUAAAGAGGAAGAGGAGGAGGAGGGAGAGCCAGAGGAGUAUGAGGAAGAAGAGCACGAAGAGGAGAACGACUAUAUUGCUUCCUAUUUUGAAGAUGGAGAUGACUAUGGAGCAGGCAGUGAUGAUGACAUGGAUGAAGCAACUUACUGAAAUUGUUUUGAGUAGCUGGGAAAUACAGCUGGAAAGUCUGAACACGCACUUGAGUUACCUCUAGUUAUGAAAUAAUGUAAUUUCAGAGGAUUAACAAAGAUGAUUAACUCAAUAUGGGAGUAUGUUGACUCAAUAUUCGAAGCAGGCUGUAUAUUCCCUUCCAAUUGAUGGAAUGGUAGAUUGUGUUGGCGGCAUGCUAAAGCACUCAGAUGUGUCCUAUAUAGACCAUGCUUUGUUAUCCUGAACUAAUUUGCAGAAAUGUUAUGUGCCUGACAACAUAACACUGAGCUAGCCUGUGCAGAGUACCAUAUCACUCUGCAUUGCUUAUGAAACUAUGUUGUGGGGAAGGAAGAGAAACGUGUGCACUGAAGUGUAAAAAUCUAGCCUUUAAAUAAUAAAAACUGUUUACUGAAAACAG